AUGGCUGCUGCCCCUGAGCAAGGCAAGGCUCCUCUUCGUCGCACCCGCACCGGCUGCUACACUUGUCGUACUAGACGUCGCAAGUGUGACGAAGUCAAACCAGAAUGUGGCAACUGUGUUCGCCUGGGCUUCAAAUGCGAAGGCUACGGUCUCCGAUUGAAAUGGCCCAAUGAUACAUCAAGAUCUACACCAGUGCCGAUGCAAAAAGCUUCCGGAACAGGGGGGCUUGUGAGCCACAAUCGAGCUCACCUACCCAGAGCCUCAGAAUCGGCCCGUCAGGUUAUGCCAAACGCCAUGAGCCCAGCGUCACUGGACAGACCAGGCAGCUUGAACUUCACCUCGUCUUUCCCUCGGGAAUCAAAUAGGCGGGAUUGUUUCCUGCUUCAUCAUUUCGUCACCCAUGUUUCGGGGUGUCUCGUGCCAUUUUUAGAUGCCCAGACAGGGGAUCUGUGGUCGCAUCCGUUCUUACGACCAACUAUUGAGUCACUCGCCGCGUCUAACCUUUACCAACUCUAUACUAUAAACCGACAUGGCCCAACUGGCUUCACCAUUGGGUCAGAAGGGUCCCUAACGGCUGCUGCCUAUGUCUGGAAGAGAAAUGCACUCCUCUUAUACACCGAUGCCAUCAACACGCUCAGAAGAGCCAGUCUCAAUAGCAGUGAUGCAGCGGGACUGUGUCUUGCCGCAAGUCUCGCCUUGUCUCUAUUCGAAUGGGAGUCCGGUAGCGCUGGGUCGUAUUUUGCUCACUUGGACGGCGCCGAUACUAUCGUACGCUUAGCAUUUGAAGGGAUUUCACGGUUGUCAUGGGGGCCAUCUCUCUUACGAGUUUGGGCAAGAAUGCAUCAUACGAGAAUGACACGACAGCUGCCCUUUAGGCCAUUGGAGAGAGAGAAGCGUAGCCCGUCGAACAAGAAGAUUGCAGAACUUUCGACCCAGUUUCUCCCUGGCUCAGCCAGUUUGUCAGUGCUUCUUGUUGACGCAUUUGCGCUACGAAAUCGGCUUGUGCUGGAGACCUGUCUCGAGGCGGGUGAAUUGGGGGGCCGUUCUGCAACCCAAUUCUGGCGAGAGUGGUACUCAGAGCUAUUUGACUUCCCCUAUGCAGCGGACUCAGAUGCUCAUAAUGGAAAAGAGCUUGGCAAGUCUGAGCUACUGGAUGGUCUCGCUCUGACCGAGUCCCUUCUCUGCGCAUGGGAAGAAUCACUCCCGAAAGCCGCUCAGCCGACGAUGACUCCGACUUGGUCAAGUAAAGGCACAAGCAGUCAGGAGAGCCAAGCACUCCAGGUCGUUUCCUGGACAUUUACAGGCAAUGGACCUGCUCUGCAGUACCUGAAUUACAUCAUGGGUCGGAUCCUGUCUUCCCGAGAACUUUUAGACUUUUACUUACUGGCCGAGAAUGUCCUGUGCUCUUCAAGGCCACUCCACCAUCUAAUCGUAUCUGCGCUCUCCGUUAUAGAAGCCCUGGACCCGGAAGAGUCUAUUGCUCACGACACUUAUGGAAAUGGUCCUCUAUGGGCCUUUGGGACACUGGCAACCUGUAUCCCUGAUCGACAGGUUGUCAGUCAUCUAUUGCAAAUUGUGAUGCCACGAUUUCAUCGUGUGGCUCGUUGUGGACCACUGUUGGCCACCGUAGCGCAGACAAGCGAAAUCCUAGGUUGUGUCAUGUCCGAAAUUGAUGCAGGCCGGAUGCCAUUUCUUUGCGAUCCGGACAUAGUAUUGACAGAUGACUUCAGCCUCGACGAAAGUUCUUUGUCGUAUAUAAGAAUGGCGGUUAUUGGACGCGAAAGAGGAAGGUUUUAUAGGGAUUUGGUACGAGUAGGGUAG